AUGGAAAACCGCACUCUCUCCUUUUACUUUAACCUCACCAUGUUCAUGAGCAUUGGACACCACCGCUAUCCAGCCUUUGUCUUUUGCCUCCUGCUCUACGUCUUCAUUGUCUCUGCUAAUCUUGUCAUAAUACUGGUGAUAUCACGAGAAAGAACACUACACGAGCCCAUGUAUAUGUUUAUUGCAUUUUUGUCUUUCAACUCUUUGUACGGUUCGACUGGUUUCUUCCCCAGAUUCCUCAUGGACCUUCUGUCUGAUACUCAUUUAAUCUCACGUUCUGCUUGUUUCACUCAGAUCUAUGUUAUUUACACAUAUGCUUCCUAUGAUAUAACCAUUCUUGGCAUUAUGGCUUAUGAUAGAUAUGUGGCUGUUUGUCAACCUUUACACUAUCACAGAAAGAUGAGCCGUAAAACUGUUUUCAGCUUGGUGGCAAUGGCUUGGGUUUUUCCAGGCUUUGUUCUUACAGCAUGCAUUUCUCUGUCCGCCGGACUUCCUUUAUGUGGUAAUGAGAUACAAAAAGUGUUUUGUGCCAACUGGAAUGUUGUAAAAUUAUCAUGUGUCACCACUACUGUCAACAAUAUAGUAGGUAUGCUUUUGACCAUAGCCACAGUUUUCCUUCCCCUUUUUUAUGUCCUGUACACCUAUUUACGAAUAGUAGCUGUUUGCUGGAAGAAAUCUGCAGAAUUCAAAGGGAAAGUAUUACAGAGCUGUCUGCCACACAUGGUUUCAUUUGUGAUUUACUCAAUCACAGGUUUUUGUGAUAUUGCCUUGAGCAGGUAUAAUCUUGAAGAGAUAAACUCAUUUGUGGCUGUAAUUUUAUCGCUGGAGUUUAUCGUCCUUCCUCCAGUUCUGAAUCCUCUUGUGUAUGGACUUAAGUUACCAGAAAUCAGAAGACACAGUUUAAAGAUGUUAUCAAGGUAUAAGCAAUAA